AUGAUUCAUGAAACUAAAGAAGCAUUGCAACAUGCAUUCAAGAUUAAAGACUUAGGAGAACUAAGAUACUUUCUUGGAUUGGAGUUUGCUAGAAGUGACACUGGCAUACUCAUACAUCAAAGGAAGUAUACUUUGGAGUUACUAGCUGAUAUGGGGUUAUCAGGUGCUAAACCAGUAUCAACACCUAUGGAAAUGAAUUUAAAACUCACCUCCACAGAAUAUGAUGAUCACAUGAAUUCUUCACAUAAUGAUACACUUCUUGAGGAUCCUGCAAGUUAUCAAAGAUUGAUUGGAAGGUUAUUGUACCUCACAACCACUAGGCCAGACAUAUCUUUUGCAGGUCAGUGUCUAAGUCAAUUUAUGCAUGCACCAAAAGUUUCACAUAUGGAUUCAGCACUUAGACUGGUCAGAUAUUUGAAGACAGAACCAGGUUUGGGAAUUCUAAUGUCAUUAACUGGAGGAGAUAGUUUACAGGUAUUUUGUGAUGCUGAUUGGGGUUCAUGCAUAAACAGCAGGAGGUCAAUCACUAGAUACUUCAUCAAAUAUGGAGAAUCUCUUAUCUCAUGGAGGUCUAAAAAGCAGGUUACAGUUUCCAGAAGUUCAGCUGAGGCUGAGUACAGAGCCAUGGCCUCAACUGUUGCAGAGAUUAUUUGGACUGUUGCUAAUCCCGUGUUUCAUGAAAGAACAAAACACAUAGAUAUUGAUUGUCACUUCAUCAGAGAGAAGAUCAAAGAUGGAAUGCUUAUCACUGCCUAUCUACCAUCUUCAGAACAGCCUGCAGAUAUGCUUACCAAGGCACUUGGGAAAGGCCAUCAUACAUAUCGAGCUUCCGAGAAUGAGCACUUUGGUGAAAGCAAUAAAACCACAAGAAACAUAGUUGAGAAAUUGAAGUAA